AGUCUAGCAGUCUUCUGCUUCUUUCAUUAUUAAAUUUUGUUUAUUAAACAAUUUUUAACUUAAUGCGCUAUAAUAAUUUGUUAAAUUUUAAUAAAAGUGUUAAAUUAAAAUUAUUAACAAAUAUAUUUACGCGGCAUCGAUCAACAAUUCCAACAACAACUGCCGGACCAUCAACAGAUUUCGAAGUUAAAAAUCGCGAAAUUGGAGUUGUUACAGCAAAUAGUAAUAGAAAUUUUUCCAUAAAAACCACGCCAACAUCAUCAUCAACGAAACUAGUGGCCAAUUAUAAGAUGGCCAUUGAUGUGAAGUUCAAUGCUUCGCUGACUUCAAGUGAUCCGCAUUUUAAGCCGGUUUUGAUAAUUGGUCAACUGAAACAUUUAAAUUUAAUAAAAUUUGCCGAUGUCUCGUGUAAAUUGGAACCACGCGUUAAUGAAGACACCUUUAAUAAGGCUAUUGCCUGUUUACAUCCCUCACCUACUGAUAAAAUAUCUCUGUAUUUAGAUGUGGCCACAGUAGCUGCAGUACCAUUGAAGUGUUCGCGCCACAAUACACCCUCACGGGCUCAUGCCAUAACCCGUUUGGUUAAGAACAAUCUGCUUAAUGUUAGCGAGGAGAGUGUUGUUGUAGUUUGUGAGCGUUCGGAUUUAUUUGCUAGUGCCUGUGCCGUAGUACGUGCCUUUCCUCUAUAUUCACGUAAAACUUCCGGAGUUUUGGGAAAUUCCACUGCCAAUGCUGUGGCCGCAGAUGAUCAGGAUACCCCCAUGAAAAAUGCUGGCGAUAAUAGUAAUAAAUCGACUGUUCAUGUUGAAUUCAUAAUUAUUGACAAAAAUGGCGCUGUUUCGGCAACUCCACUAGAUGAGAAUGAAAUUUGCUGCUUGGAAGAUGCUGCCAAGGGUAUACGUUUAGCUGCCCGUAUCGUCGAUACUCCAUGCAAUGAAAUGAAUGUUAGUACUUUCGUUGAGGAAGCCGAACGUAUUGGAGCUGAGUUGAACAUCAAACCGACGGUAAUACGAGGCGAAGAAUUGCGUGAGCGUGGUUUUGGUGGCAUUUACGGUGUGGGUAAAGCAGCCGCUGUACCACCAGCCUUGAUUUGUAUGUCUUAUGAGCCGAAAGGCGCUCAAGAAACUAUCGCCUUGGUGGGCAAAGGUAUUGUCUACGAUACUGGCGGCCUUAGCAUUAAGGGCAAGACUGCAAUGCCUGGUAUGAAGAGAGAUUGCGGUGGAGCUGCUGCGAUUUUGGGUGCAUUUUAUGCAGCUGUUAAGUGUGGUUUCAAGGAAAAUCUACAUGCGGUUUUCUGUAUGGCCGAGAACUCCGUUGGUCCGAAUGCAACAAGACCCGAUGAUAUUCAUACAUUGUACUCUGGACGUACCGUUGAAAUUAACAACACGGAUGCUGAGGGACGCCUAGUAUUGGCUGAUGGUGUUUGUUAUGCCCACAAAGACUUAAAGGCAAACAUCAUAUUGGAUAUGGCAACAUUAACAGGUGCCCAGGGUAUUGCUACGGGCAAAUAUCAUGGUGCCAUACUGACAAAUUCCGAAGAAUGGGAAGUCAAGUCAGUGGAAGCUGGACGUAAAUCUGGAGAUUUAUUGGCUCCCAUUAUUUAUUGCCCAGAAUUGCAGUUUCCUGAAUUUGCAUCAGCACUUGCUGAUAUGAAGAAUUCCGUUGCGGAUCGCAGCAAUGCUCAGUCUUCCUGCGCUGGUCUAUUCGUAGGUGCCCAUCUUGGUUUUGAUUAUCCCGGUAUUUGGAUGCAUGUCGAUAUGGCAACUCCAGUGCAUUGUGGAGAACGUGCUACUGGUUACGGUGUGGCAUUGUUGCUCACCUUGUUUGGUAACCAUACCAACUGUAACAUGCUGCAAUCGAUGGCCAACAAUGAUACGGAACCACCAACAAAGCGCAUUUGUCGUGAUUGAGUUGAAUGCUGAAGUGAAUCCUUAGUAUCCUUAUCAUCGUCAUCAGCAGCAAGCAGCACAGCAACCUCUAUUCAGGAAUGGUGGUAGAGCUUUAACAAUAAAUAAAUACAAAAACAACAAAAAAAAUGUAAAAUAAUUACAACAAUAUAAAAUAUACUGUAAUAUUUAGCAUUA